CCAUAUGACCUGCUCGACCCUGCUUUUGAGGGCCGAUCGAGUCUGCGCUUGGUGAAGUCUGCAAAGGAUGGCGGAAUACUCAAAAUAUCUCUUAAUUGGUGUACCUGUCGCUGUCUUGGCGAGUUGUGCUGUACUAUGGUUGCGAGAAAAACAGAGAAGAAAGUCUUUCAAGGAGGUGGGGCGCGUUUCUGGGCUUUUCGUUUAUCCUGUUAAGUCCUGCAAAGGAAUUCGUGUUCGCGACAUAAAGUGCUUCAAAGAAGGAAUGGAGUAUGAUAGGCACUGGAUUGUUCUGGAUGAGAAGGGUAACUUUAUUACCCAGCGUAAAGACCCAAAGCUUGCUCUGGUGGUUCCACGUUUUGAGGAUGGCAAAUAUCUUUGCCUUGAUGCACCUGGAAUGGAGACGUUGAAGCUGAACAUACAACUAAGAGCUGAUCAAAGAGAAUACAAAAGGAUCAAGAUCUUUGGAAUGGAGGGAGAGGGUCAGUAUGUUGGAGACGAGGCCGCAGAGUGGUUCUCGAAAUACAUGAAUAAACCAGGUUUUAAAAUGUACAAGCUGUCUAGACCUCGAGUAAUUCGAGAACACGAUGAAUGGAGUGAUAUUGGCGAGGCAGGAGAUAAGGUAACAUUUGGAGAUUUUGCUCCUUACAUGAUUCUCGCUGAAGAUUCUUUAGCGAUACUAAAUAAAGAGCUGCCCUUGCCAAUGGAAAUGGAAAGAUUUCGUCCGAAUAUUGUGGUUGCUGGCCUCAGCGCAUUUGAAGAGGACAAAUGGGAAGGCGGCAGAAAAAUCAAAAUAGGAGAUGUUGUAUUCCGAUAUCUAAACAGAUGUGGAAGGUGUAGCCUGCCAAUUGUCAAUCCAAAAACUGGAGAAAAGAAAGGAGACGAACCUUUGGCUACGUUACGAAGAAUAAGGCUUCCUGAGGACAGGGAUCCAAGAUAUGACAGAUCUCCUCUCUUUGGGAUCAACGCAGCUCCUGACGGGGAUGGGGUGGGGGUCAUACGGCAGGGAGAUGCUGUGAUGGUUUGGUGUUAAAGAGGGCGAAAUUUUCGUUCCAAGAAAUCUCAAUGUAUAGCUAGAAUCACUUUUAAGGUCUUCAAGUUGAGGAAGACGUUAAAACGUAGUAGUAGUUAGUAACAUAGUUAAAAUUCCAAUGAAGAAAUAUCCAACCAAACUGAGAACAAAAAUAGCAAAGAUUUGCGAUGAUUUAGAAGGACUGUUAACGAACAUCAAAAUACGAUUUAAACUGUCUAGACCACCAUCUUUCAAAAGGCCUUCUGUCAUGUACAGGUACAAUGUGAUGUACUAAACAGUCAUGCGACUAACACUGAAUUUCCCAAGUCAUCGAGUUUGAUUUGGGAAACACGAAGCAAAUAUAGAUGUGUUUCCUUUUCCGUCGUAUUUACCUGUGUUCAGUUGACUGUUUACAACUUUUUACGUUUUGUUGUCAGUAAAAGUGUUGCUCGUUCUUAGGACAACAUAUACUCUUUUACUUCCUUUCAUUGUUUGCCAAUAUUUCAAUUUUAAUUUCUAAGAGAAUCCUGUAAUAUUGUUAAUGAAAAUUUUUAGGUAGAGUAAAUACGGCAUCCCAUGUUAGCCCACAUGGGCUAAAUACAGUGACACUUAAAUUAAGUUCUUACUUGCUUACCUCGUUACCGCUAGCUAGGCCGAAACAAACUUUGAGCUAUUUAUCUACUUGAAAUCAGUAAAAGGAAAUUAAUGGCCGCGGGUAGCGUGUUUGUGAAGCUGACGUUACCAGAGCAUAGUGAGCCCUUCGUCUAAAAAAAAAAAUUAAAAAAGUCUUGCCGAGUUCCUGUACAGCUUUUUCCCAGUCCUUCGCGGUCAAUCCGCGAAUCCCAGACUAAAGGCCGGUAGUAAGACCGGGAGCAUGCGUUUCGCCUCGGACCACGUGACCCGAAAGCCAUUGACCGGGGCGAACUAUCGAGGCCUACUGACUAGGAAAGUUCUCACUAGCCGGGGACUAACGCUCGAAAGCUCAGCUUCACUUCGUUUCGACCGUUAUGUUACCUUAUAAAAGCCAAGUUUUUCAUCGGCCCCGCAGCGAGGCAGCCCAACAGUUUCUUUAAUUUAGAAACUUAUGCCUUAAUAGACGUGAAUAAUUUCGUGAAUACUAGCCUGCGUAGCAAUCGUCGCUGGGGCUAGGACAAUUUCACGAACCUUCCCCCACGGCUUUGUGCAAGCAAGUCACAACAAUCUUCGUCCUACCAUUUGAGGCGCAACGACAAUGGUCGUUUGUUGGAAAGACCAAGUGUGAAAGCCAAGAAAACAUUGGGAGACAGAGCUUUCCAGGUAGCUGCUCUUUUCCUAUGGAAUAAGCUGCCAAGGUCCGCGCGCGAAGCAACGAACUUAGAAUCUUUUAAGACUUUCAUAAGACAUUUUUAUUUAAGGAAUCAUUUCAGUUAUCUUAGCAUAUUAUCUUUUACCCAUUUAAUGUAAAUAUUUUUUAUGAUUUUGAUAGAAAGAUUUGUAAAAUUUUAGUUAUUAAUU